GUUCGACUCGAGUCGAGCGGUGCAGCAGCUUCGAGCUUGUGGCGUUCUGGAGACGAUCCGGAUCAGUGCGGCCGGAUACCCGUCCAGGUGGACGUAUCCUGAUUUCUUCAGCAGGUAUCGAGUGUUGAUGAAGAAAUCCGACAUGACGUCAUCUGAUAAGAAGCUUGUCUGUAAAAACCUGCUGGGGACGCUGAUCAAGGAGCCAGACAUGUUCCAGUUUGGAAAGACGAAGAUCUUCUUCCGGGCGGGUCAGGUGGCGUACCUGGAGAAGCUCCGCGCCGAUAAGUUCCGAGCGGCGUGCAUUAAGAUCCAGAAGACGGUUCGAGGCUGGCUGCAGAGAGUCCGAUACCGAAAGAUCCGCAAGACUGCCAUCACUCUGCAGAGAUACGGCCGAGGUUACCUGGCCCGCAGGUACGCCGAGUAUCUGCGUCUGACUCGAGCAGCACUCGUCUGUCAGAAACAGUAUCGUAUGGUGAGAGAUCGACGGGCGUAUCUGAGGGUGAGACAGGCGGUCGUCACCAUCCAGGCCUACGCUAAAGGGAUGUUCACCCGCAGGAUUUACUGGGAGUUCCUCCUGCAUCACAAGGCCAUGAUCAUCCAGAAGAACGUCCGUGGCUGGAUGCAGAGGAAGAAGUUCAAACGGGCACGGAACGCUGCCAUCACCAUCCAGUGUGCGUUCAGACGCACACGUGCCAAACAACAACUCAAACAGCGGAAGAUCGAAGCUCGUUCAGCGGAACAUCUGAAGAAACUCAACUCAGGGAUGGAGAACAAGAUCGUCCAGCUGCAGAGGAAAAUGGACGACCAGUCUAAAGAAUUAAAAAUCCAGAACGAGCAGCUGCAGACUGUGAACAUCGGUCUGGGCUCGGAGGUGAACAAACUGCAGAAGGAGCUGAAGCAGCUCCAGGGUCAGCGCAACGAAGGAGGUCAGCUGACGACCCUGCAGGAGGAGCUGGAGAGGCUGAGGGCGGAGCUUCAGGAGGCGCACGCUCUCAGGAAGAGACUGGAGGAGGAGCACAGCAGCGAGAAAAAGAGCCUGAAACAGAGGGUGGAGGAGCUGGAGACAGAGAACUCCCUGCUGAAGAGCGAAAAAGAAGAAAUGAACCAGAGGAUCCUUCAGCAGACGAAGAACUCCCCAG